AUGAUACGGACAGAACUCAUUCCCACUAAAGACUUCACCACCAAGCUCUCCAGCCUCGAAGUAAAACUGAAGAAUCUGUCGAGCAUCCCACCUGCAUCUCGCGAUCCUAACUGGCAUGCCCGCAUUAGCGAGUUGACCCUAUCCGCAGCGACUCAGACCAUGAAUCGCGCCUCUGAUGAUGCUUUUGUAGCGUUAGCUAUUGGGACCGGUUAUACGAUGACAGUUCUGGAUCUACAGGGUACCUUUCGCAAAGUAUGGAACAAUUCUUGCGAUAGAUGGCUAGACCUACCAAAGGAGGCACGUGAGCAAGUGGAAGAGCAUAUUCUAGAGAAUAUGGUGUUGCCGGCGGAGGCGAGUGAGGUGGUGGAGUGUAGGAGAAAGUUAAGGGGCCUCAUAAAUGAGGCAGGGAAGAAGAGUUGGGUUUUGAUGAAAAGACGUCUGGCCGUGAAAAAAAGGAAGAGAAAGAAUGAAGGGGGUAGUCUGGACGAUGGUUGUAGAGCUGGGAUCGUGACGGUUGGAGAGGAAGGGGGGAAGAGAAAGAGAACAGAGAUAGAAGGAGGCAGUCAGAACGGUGGCAAUAGUGAGGAGGAAGGUAGAGUACGAAAAAGGAGCAUCAGGGGAAGAAAAAGGGAACCUAUGCGGGUUUUGGUUGGUGGAAUGACAGUGCCGGUGGAACGGGAUGAAGCGACCAAGAAUAAUCCAGGAAUAGCCUCUGAUAAAGAAGAGCCGGCGGAGCAAUUGAGAAGGGAUGAAGAGAUAAGGUUCCCUCCACAGAUAGGCUCUAAUAAGAAAGAAAAAAGGGAGCCGAAGAGGGACGAAAAGACCGACGGCGCUCAGGAUGUAGCCCAUGGGCAAGAAGAGGCAGACGUACUAAGGGCUGAAGAGAAAGAAGCGGGCAUCACCAAGAGAGAGACAGAGAAGCUAGAAAAUGCAGUACAGACAUCGGAAACUGCAGAGCCAGGCUUAGGGGAUAGGGAGACGAACGAAAUCAAAACGAUUGAAAGGGAAAGCGAGGUUAUAGUUAUAUUGUCGGAUGACGAACAGCCACGAAAGGUAGAGAGAGCUGGGAAGAUGCCGGUGAUAGAGAUAGGAUCGGAGGAUGAAUGGGACUUUAAUCAGCCUGAGGAGUUGCUACAUCCUAGUGAACCCGAGGAGUCGCUACAUCCUAGUGAACCUGAGGAGUCGCUACACCCUAGUGAACCUGAGGAGUCGCUACAUCCUACUGACUCUGAGGAUUCUGAGGCAUAUUUUGACUAUUUUGGACAGUGA